AGGCGGCGGCGCCGCCAUCAUGAGCUACUCAGGCUAUGGAGAUUGGAACUCUGGCAGCAGCAGAGGCUACGAGGGCUAUGGCUAUGGCUAUGGCUACGGGCAGGAGGCUGCCGGCAGCUAUGGCUACGGCCUGGCCCCCGCCGGCUCCUGGGACCUCUCCGGCUCCGACGUGGAGAUGGCUGCCGAGGGCGACCCCGGCCUGGCCAAGCUGGGGCAGCGCCUGGAGCUGGGCUCCCACCUGGAGCCUGAGCCCAUGCAGGGCUCCCACUAUGGGGACAGGUACGACUCCUUCGAGCCCUAUGACUCCAGACCCUCCCUGCCGGACCGGGACCUCUACCGCUACGACUACGGCGAGGCGGAGCCGGACCCCGACCCCCCCUACGACCCCCCCUACGACCCCCCCUACGACCCCCCCUACGAGGGGGCUCCCCCUUACUACGCCAACCGCCGCGACCCCUUCCCGCAGCGCCCCCGGGAGGCCUUCGGCGGCCCCCGCGCCCAGCCCGGGCCGCGGGAGGGUCGCAACGGCCGGGCCCCGGCGCCCCCCUACCCCGGGGGCGGCCGCGCCGCGGGGCCGCCCCCCCCGAGGCUUCCCGGGGGGCGCUCGCUGCGGGCCUGCCGCCCCCCGGCUCAGGGGCAGGAGGGGCUGGAGGGGCUGGGACGCAGACUUCAAGAGGAGGGCACAGAAGGAGAGUCAGGAGAGAAGGAGGAGAAGGAAGGCUCCAGGGGGGAAGGGGAAGAGGAGGAAGGAAGAGACUCAGAGAGAGGUGAGGGGGAGGCUGACCCCCCUGCAGGAGCUCUCUGCAGCCAGGAGGAGAUCAGAGGCAAGCUGCAGGGGGGCAAGAAGGGGCAGGACAGGCAGAAGAAGAGGCACAGAGACCGCAUGGUGGAGAGGAUCCAGUUCGUUUGCUCCCUCUGCAAGUACAGAACCUUCUACGGGGAGGAGAUGAACUCCCACCUGGGCAGCAGCUUCCACCGCGAGCACUUCCGCUUCGUGGGCACCAAGCUGCCCCAGCAGACAGCUGAGUUCCUGCAGGAGUAUGUGGCCAACAAAACCAGGAAGACCGAGGAGCGGCGCAGGGGCAUCGAGGACAUCAACGCAGUCAUCCAGCAGAUCUACAGGGACCAGGACCUCACCCAAGAUGUGGGCAUGGAGCACUUCCUGAGGAAGGUGGAGGCUGCUCACUGUGCUGCCUGUGACCUCUUCAUCCCCAUGCAGUUUGGCAUCAUCCAGAAGCAUCUCAAGUCCCUGGACCACAACCACAACCGCAGGGCCAUGAUGGAGCAAUCCAAGAAGUCCUCCCUGGUGGUGGCCAGGAGCAUCCUCAACAACAAACUCAUCAGCAAGAAGCUGGAGAGGUAUCUGAAGGGGGAGAAUCCUUUCACAGACGAUGCAGAAGAAAAGGAGGAGCAUGAGGAAGGAGAGGGAGGAGCUGGUGGCCCUGCAGAGGAAGCAGCAGCAGGAGAUGGAAGCAAGGAGGAGGAGGAGGAGGAGGAGGCAAAUGUGGCAGGAGAGAAACUGGAGGAGGAGGAACAUGGAGGAGAGAGCCUAGGGGAGGAGAAGCUGAAGGAGGAGGAGGAGGAGAAGCCUGAGGAGACCUCAGGGGCAGAAGGAGCCAAGGAGGAGCCACAGGGAGCAGGGACAGAGCCUGAGGGCCCAGCAGAAGGAGCUGCAGCAGCAGGCAGGGAGCCUGCUGGGGGCCCUCAGCCUGGGCAGGAGCAGCAGCAAGCAGCAGCAGAGGAAGAGGAAGAGGAAGCAAGCCAGGAAGCUGCUGCAGCACAGGAGGAGGAAGCUGCUGAGUGACCCUGGGGAGGGAGCUGGAGUGACCUCUCUGUGCUGGGGGCAGGCAGCAGAGGAGCUGUGAAGGCCACAGGAGACCUUCCUGGGGGUCCCUUCUGC